AUGUGCGCGGUCCGUCCCAAGACAGACAGCAAGGGCGAGGUGGAGCACCUCGGUUGCUUGAUCAAGGCGGAACGGCGUCCGAGCAACGUGAUCGGGGGACCAGUGGAGAUCAACGCCGAUGCAAUCACCAGCCAGCCAUGGUCUGAGAUCGCUCUGGCGACGAUUCUCCCUGAUCCCUCUCAAGUGGAUCUCCGCCUCGUCAUCCUCAACACUCUGACUAAUGCUUUGAUGGUCCAUUACAGAACAUACGAGGGUUGCAGCACGAGGACUGUCUCGACGUUGUUGCCCGUACACGCGUCCCCCGUCACUGUGGUUCCCGUGCACGCGAGUCAGGACACGAUGGCGCUCACGCACGACUUCAGCGGCAACUCGGGGAGUGGCGGAGACCCGAGCAGAGCAGUGACCGAGUCCAUCGAAGAGCAACUCACAAGAGCCCGAGCACGCAAUCACUGGAGGGGCGAAGAGGACCGACACGCCGCCAAUCGAUUGCGCGACGCUCAGGCGAUCGCCGACCAUCUCAACCAGAGCAUGGACCCUCACCAUCAUCUGAAGGGCAGACAACUUUCGCUGAUCAAGGUGUAUGACGACUUCGAGGAGGAUAUGGAUGAUGCCAUCAAUCGCGAGAAGCACUUGCACGUGCUGAUUGAGGAUGAAACAGACCUUGUAGGGGAACCUGUGCCGGGCAUCACUCUCGCUCGCAAGCUGAGAGGUGAGAGCAGGGACUUUCGGCGGGCCUCUGAUCGCAUCAGGCUGCUAAUGGCGGAUCCCGAGGUGGUCAGAUCUUGGAGAAGCCAGAUGGAAUCGCUUGCUCAAGGUCUUCCACGUCCGGGGUCGGAUGAUGGCUCGGAGCCGGAUUCGGACGCGGAUUCGUUGCACUACACUUCGCAUCGCUGUCUUUCUAUUGGAUGA